UAACUCCACCGGACGACGAGAUUACGGUUGAGGGCUGCUCGUACUUGGAUUGCACAGACUAUUAAACACCUGAUUCUGUUAUUCGCUGGUAUUUGUGGCUGUAUCGGUGUGGGAAAACGUGUGGCCAUGACAACAAUGGCUCAUGACAGCUAACAGCAGGUGUUUCCCCUGCUAUGAGGGUUCCUGAUGUCUGAGCUGGAGCGUGACAGUUUAGCAUCAUGGAGGAGAGAACUCUGGAUUAAUUUGCCCAAAGAGACUGAUUUAAGUCAGGCUGACAGCAAUUUAGAUUUAUAAUUAUAGAUGCUUUAGAAUCUGACCCAUACUGCCCCUUCAGUUUUACGUAGCUGGCCAGAGAGAUAUUUUUGAUACGAGACAGAAGCUUGUUUAGCUUUUAGCCAAGCCAAUUUGAAUGUUGGAAUAAUCUCAAAUCCCUCCUGGGGAUGGUUAAGUGAGUGCCCAAGUCUGAGCCAAGGAGAUUAAGAUCAUAUUAGAUUUUUAAGUGAAGGAAAGUGGAACACCUGUUUGACUGAGCUGCCAAAUCCGGACCACUCUCCUUUCAUUGAUUUUGACGUCUCUUUUGUGUAUAAGACAGUGCUUGGCUCUUUCCUCCAUCUCUUCCACUGUGCGUGAAAAGAGUCAGUCAUUGCUUAUCAUCGUCUUUAGGGUAGGGGUGCGUUUAGCAUUUAUUUGCUCAUUCUGUGUGUGGCACUGGAAGCAUGACUAUAUUCAUCACAGUCAACAUUCCCCUUCAGCUGGGUUAAAAAAAAGUCUAGCUAAAGAAAGAGGGAAUGUGACGAGCCAAGUUUUUUUUCCCCCACUCAGUCGUCCUCUGAACUGCUUUGUGGAAACCUCCAUUCACUGUGAUUACUUUGUCUCCACGGCCCACUGAGAGAUAGGCAGUCUCCAGAGUAUUAAGGAUUGAUCUUGGCCCUUUGACUCGAAAGGAUUGCACAAGCAUACGUGUACACACAUUGUGCAGCAACACUAGACUCCCUGUUUGGGCUGCCACUGUUUGGGCCUCGUGCUUUUCUUUUUUUUUUUUUUUUUUUUUUUUUUUUUUUUUUUUUUUCUUUUUCUUCCUCCCCCCCCUCUCAGUUCCUGUGGGUUUGAAUGAUUGAGGACGAGGGCCACAGCCUUGGCAGUGGUUCGUUUGUAUUUGACCUAGUGCUUGGCCAUUGUUGCUGACCAUCAUCCUGACCCCUGCUCUUGACACUGAAGCUGUAUGGAUAUGCAGAGGGAUGGACCUGAAGUCUUGCUGACAAAGCCUAACCUUUAGGGGCACCCUACACUUUAAAGGAUUUCCGAUUCUUUUUUUUUUUUUCCCCCCAUCCAAGUUGUGCAUAGGUAAAAAACUUAUCUUCACGUCUGCCCUUGCUGCAGCAUUGUUUGGCUAAAAGGACAGGAUGAAACUGAAAAAGCAGGUGACUGUGUGCGGCGGGGCCAUCUUCUGUGUGGCUGUCUUCUCUCUUUAUCUGAUGUUGGAUCGUGUCCAGCAUGACCCAGCCAGAAGACAGAAUGGGGGAAACUUCCCAAGGAGUCAGAUUUCGGUGUUGCAGAACCGCAUUGAGCAGCUGGAGCAGCUUCUGGAGGAGAACCACCAGAUCAUCAGCCACAUUAAAGACUCUGUGCUGGAGCUUACGGACACAGGCGCCAUCUCACCCAGUGGCCAGCUUCCUUUUCGCAGUGCCAACGGCUCCUGGGUGCUGCCUUUUGAUGGCAGACCCACCUUCCUCACCAUAAAACCCCAAGACUGCCAGUUUGCACUGGGCCGCCAUGGCCAGAGCGACCUGCAGAUGCUGGAUGUGUACUCUCUGCUGAGCUUUGAUAAUGUGGAUGGAGGUGUGUGGAAGCAGGGCUUUGAUAUCACGUAUGAGCCCACAGAGUGGGACAAUGAACCCCUACAAGUGUUUGUAGUUCCUCACUCUCACAAUGACCCAGGUUGGAUCAAAACCUUUGACAAAUAUUAUAAUGACCAGACACAACAUAUUUUUAACAACAUGGUGGUCAAGCUUGCAGAGGACCCACGCAGGAAGUUCAUCUGGUCUGAGAUGUCCUUCUUUGUUAAGUGGUGGGAGAGUGUAGACACUCACAAACAGGAGGCAAUACGCAAAUUGAUCCUGGGAGGGCAGUUGGAGAUUGUAACAGGAGGAUGGGUAAUGACAGAUGAAGCCAAUAGUCACUAUUUUGCCAUGAUUGACCAGCUUAUUGAAGGGCAUCAGUGGCUGGAAAAAAACUUGGGUGUGACUCCUCGCUCAGGGUGGGCUGUUGACCCUUUUGGUCACAGUGCCACCAUGCCAUACUUACUGAAGAAAGCCAACCUGACCAGCAUGCUGAUUCAGAGGGUCCACUACUCUGUUAAGAAGCAUUUUGCCUCCACACAGAACCUGGAGUUCAUGUGGAGACAGGCUUGGGAUCCUGAGUCAAGUACAGACCUGUUCUGCCACAUGAUGCCCUUUUACAGCUAUGAUGUGCCUCACACAUGUGGGCCUGACCCAAAGAUCUGCUGCCAGUUUGACUUUAAGAGGCUGCCAGGCAGCAGAAUCAACUGCCCCUGGAAGGUGCCUCCACGAGCCAUCUCUGAGGCUAAUGUGGCCGAGAGGGUUCAAGCCCUUUUGGACCAAUAUCGCAAGAAGUCUAAGCUUUUCCGUAGCAAAGUUCUGCUGGUACCAUUGGGAGACGAUUUCCGCUAUGAUAAAGCCCUGGAGUGGGACCAACAAUAUAUCAACUACCAGAAGCUUUUUGAUUACAUGAACUCUCACCCAGAAUUGCAUGUUCAGGCCCAGUUUGGCACACUAACGGACUACUUCAACGCUGUGUAUAAGGCUAAUGGGGUGGGCCAGGGGAUGAGACCGCCUGGUUACCCUGUACUGAGUGGAGAUUUCUUUGCGUAUGCUGACCGAGAGGAUCAUUACUGGAGUGGCUACUACACCUCUAGACCAUUCUACAAAAACCUAGACCGUGUUCUUGAAUCCCACCUUAGGGGGGCAGAGAUUCUCUACAGUUUGGCUGUUGCACAUGCACGCCAUGCAGGAAUGGAAGCGCGCUACCCCACCUCAGACUACUCUCUUUUGACGGAUGCAAGGCGCAAUAUUGCUCUCUUCCAGCAUCACGAUGCCAUCACCGGCACUGCCAAGGAGGCUGUUGUCGUUGACUACGGCACCAGGUUAUUGCGCUCACUUAUUGGCUUGAAAAGAGUGAUCAUUAAUGCAGCACACUUUCUCAUAAUGAAAAAUAAAGAUGUCUAUCGCUUCUACCAAACUGAACCCUUCCUGGAAACGGAUGACAGGCGUGCCACACAGGACUCUUUACCCCAGCGCACUCUGAUUGAAUUGGACUCUUCUCCCAGGUACCUUGUGCUGUUUAACCCUGUGGAGCAGGAGCGUCUAUGUGUGGUCACUGUACUGGUGAACACAGUACGGGUCAGAGUACGCACUGAGGAUGGCCAGACUCUACCAGUGCAGCUCAGUGCACAGUGGAGCUCCGCUGUGCAGAUGGAUGGAGAAGUCUACCAGGCUUCCUUCAUGACCCGCCUCCCUGCUCUGGGAUUGGCUGUAUUCCAUCUGUAUGACUCGAUCGACUCCCCCAUGACUUUGCGAUCUGAUACACUGCUGAGGGUUCCGGGGCGGAGUCAGAGCAUGAAUGGUUUGGAUCCCCUUCCUGUGCGCUCUCAGGUGGCUGAUUCACAGCCCUUCUACAUACAAACCCAGUCUCUCACACUGGGCUUCUCUGGCACCACAGGCCUGUUGGAGAGUAUCCGCCGUAAGGAUGACCCUCAGGAGGUGAGGGUGCAAAUCCAAUUCCUCACCUACGGAACUCAGGCUUCCAAGGACAAGAGCGGCGCUUACCUCUUCUUACCGGAUGGCAUUGCCAUGCCAUACGUGCAGAAAGAGCCUCCAACUGUGCGUGUUGUGGAGGGUCCUCUCUUUUCUGAGGUGGUUGCAUACUACCAGCACUUCCAGCAAACGGUCCGCAUACACAACGUGCCAGGUAUAGAUGGUCUGUCUCUGGACAUCACCACCUUGGUGGACAUCAGGGACCAGAAUAAUAAAGAGCUGGCCAUGCGUAUGGUCACAGACAUCCGGAGUGAGGACACAUUCUACACAGACCUCAAUGGUUUCCAGAUCCAGCCACGCAGGUACUUCCAGAAGAUACCACUGCAGGCCAACUUCUACCCCAUGCCCACCAUGGCCUACAUCCAGGACAGCCAGUAUCGCCUGACCCUGCACACGGCCCAGGCCCUGGGAGUCAGCAGCCUUGCCAGUGGUCAGUUGGAGGUGAUUCUGGACCGUAGAUUGAUGCAGGAUGAUAACAGAGGUCUGGGACAAGGUCUGAAGGAUAACAAGAGGACAGCUAACCGCUUCCGGCUCCUGUUAGAGAGGAGAUCCAGCAGCAGCAGGCCUAUGGGCUCUUAUGCCAAAAUCAGCCACAUGAUUAGUAAAAUCAUCGCUCAUGUUUUAGGAGACAGCACAAAAGAGGCUGUUGACAGUGGACCAGUCAGCUUCCCCUCUUUGCUGAGUCACAUGACCUCUACCAUCUUGAACCAUGAGGUGCUGGCACUGCCGGUCAUUCCAAAGAAACGUGGCAUUCCCCCUCUCCGCACCUUUUCCCCACUGGCGACAACACUGCCCUGCGACAUUCAUCUGCUCAACCUCAGGAGCAUCCAGGGCCAGGACGCCAACUCACCCUCCCCACACACGGCUCUCCUGCUGCAUCGGCUGGGUCUUGACUGUGGCCUCGAGCUCCAAAACCCUGGAUUCAACUGCACCACCACACAGGGCAAGCUGGCCGUGUCGGGGCUGUUCCGGGGUCUGGACCUGCAGUUGUUGCAGCCUACGUCGCUGACGCUGAUGUACUCGGAGCCUCCACUCUCCAACAACUCUGUUAUCAGCCUGGAGCCCAUGGAGCUUUCUGCCUUUAAGCUCAAACUGCACUAGGCCUUGUGACACCAGCGCAUCCUGCACACAGCGGCCAGUGCAGAGAGACAGCACAUGCCCUCUCUCUCUGUCUGACUGGGGGAUGAGAAUCAUGAACACACUGUAUACCAACAUGGAUGCUGAUGUCCCCCUAAAAUACUUUUAUAAAGGGAGACUCCAGCACGAGUUACACUUCCCGUAGCUGUCCCAGAACUGAGUGACUGGACAAUAUGAAGAUGAUGUUUGAAUUUUUUUUUUCUAAAUUUGCUUAAAUUCAAAUCAACAGAAUGACUAGUGAUUGUAUGCUUUUUAUUAGACAUGGAUGCUUGAUGAUCAUUUGAGACUCUUGUACAUUAUUUUUGUCAUCCUGGCUGGAACCACUGACAUCUUUCUGUCUUCUUUUCCCCUUUUGUCUAUCUUGCGGAACAUCUUAGGCAAUGUAGCCUAUUGUACGUAAUUGUCUGUGGCACUUCAUGAACUAGUGGGACUGAGUGCAAUAUGUGAAGCUUCUCUAGGGGUAGUGUGGAUUUAAAUUGUUUUUUUUUUUUUUUUUUUUAAUUUUUAUUUUUCCCGAUUCUCCAUUCUGCAGAAGCUGUGCUUGAAACUUUGUCGAUGACCCGUUUUGUAAUUCAGUUGAUUGUGCUGCCUGCCUUAGCCGCAUGUUUCUGUGAAUGUCUGCUCGCUCGCUCUGGCAGCUUUACAAAAAACAGCUUUCUCUCCCUCAUCUGCUAGUCAGUGGCCUGAUUUUGAGUUCUCCUUCUUCCAAUCUUGUCAUGACUGUAGCGACUGAUGACAACAACUUGUCUAUUGAAUGAGAUUUUUUUUUUUGUUCCUGAAAAUGCUGCUCCCUCCAAAUUACCUUGCUGUUACAUACCAUUUAUUUUCCCCCUGGGCCCAAAGUGUUGAUGUCUGCUAAGGAUGGUGUGGUGUACUAUAAAAUAUGCAGUAUACAAUACCUCUUAUAUCUUACCUAUGAACAUUGAGAUGUGCAAUAUAUUACUGUGGUGACUGAUAUUAUUGCGUGUGGCACAGUGGCUAGGUAACAAGGUGACAUUGAGAUUAUGGCACUGUUUACCAUCAUGCAUGUACAGGAGUGAGCCAGUGAUGUUAAUGAGUGAUUUUAGAUCAGUAUUUGUAACUGAUCUAAGCAUAGCCGAAGGCCUUUAACCCAUAUCGCUGUGCGUAUGGAGAUCAGUGAUGUUAACAAUAAUAGCACUGUGGUGAGGAAAAGCCUGGGCACGUUAAUGUAUUGUAAAGUUCCAUUCCAGUGGUGUUUGUUCAUAGUGUCUCUCUUGUCCUGAUACAGUCAUCAACUUGACUCUGUAAAUGUUUAUCAUUCAGUGCAAAAGUAUGACAACUGCCAGGAGGAAGGUGUCUGUAAAAGCUAAAGCUGUUUCCUGUUUUAGUUCUUACUUGUCAUCUUGUCGUCCCUACUGUGUUCCCUGAAAUGCCUCACCCUCAUAGAGACUCGCAUCUAUGAUUUACUGUGAGAAAUUAAUGCUCUGAAAGGAACGAUGCUAUUGGAGAAGAGGUUAGUAGCACUCAUGAAACCUCUGAGCGUGAGUUGUCACUGUUGCCUUUAUCUACACUAUAUAAAAACUUAUGGCUUCUGACCCAGUCAGCUAGUCUAAAAGAACAGAACUAAGGAGAGGGUGGUGAUAUUUCUGAGCAAUUCCUGGAGAGCUUAAGCUCUAUUCUAUAAUCUUGGAUAAAGAUCCUGUUGAGAAAUUGACUGACUAUAACAAGUCGCUAUAACUAUAUAUAACAAUUUUUAUUCCCCCAAAUAUUGCUGUCCUGGACCAGGGGUAUGUUGGAGCUCAUUUCAAAUUGUACUUCUAGUGAGGGUUUACACACACACACACACACACACAUAUACAUACAUACAUAUAUAUAUAUAUAUAUAUAUAUAUA